UAGCGCGCCAGUCGCCGGGCCGGAAGGUUGCUCCGAGUGAGUGGCUGCAGCAACGGCAGCGGAACCACAGCUGACGGCUGCGCGAGCUGCAGUGUGAACCGGCUGCGUGCCGAAGUACGCUCCACACUCACUGACAACCAACGCGAUUUCCUUACUGCCCACUGUAAAUAAAUACUAGAGCGUUCAGAGUGCCCUACGAAAGAGACCUGUAAAUAGUUCGCACACUACCAGGUCGAGGACUGCGGCACUGAAACGAGCGGCUGCCCUGCGCCCGCGGAGGCUGCAGCGCAGAGACAAUAACUCUCGAGGCCCAGUCUACCCGCAUCAGCGGAGCUGUGCGCCCGUGUGGUGUGGUUCUCGUGAGCCGCGGUCUGCUGUGAUCCGACGUGGUGCAGCAGAAGUGAGGUUCCAGCUGCUGUCCGAGAAAGGUCGCCCGCUCUCUGGCGUCCGCGCAUCGGUGGACGUGAGAAGACGCUGAGCUGAACAGGAUUUUGUCAGCUACUAUAUCGGUAAGGAGCUUUCUGUCGGUAUUAUCUUUCCUAAAACUGAUGGUGUCAUCACGAAGAUUGAUCACAAGGCGAAGCGCUGUCUUGUCAUAGAAACGCAGAUAUAGGUGGCUCCUCCGCAGAGCAGCCGGAGAGAAACCAGACGCGCCGAGAAGCCGCCGGACGUCCUACUGUGACAUCCAUCAGUUUACCUACCAGCGCGCCUACACGAAAUUUCGUCAGGUGUAGCAUCACGACAACGGUUUGGUGACUGGCGGAGGUGCUUACGAUGUUCGGUCUGUGCAAGUUGUGCUGAGCACGAUGGAGGCGACCCCGAUGAGGCAGUAGCGCUGGAUCUGAAGAAAUUACAAGUGGUGACGUCAUAAUCGUUCCUAUGAGGAGCCCAUGAUCGCUGCGACGCCGUGGAAUGGAGGAUGAGCAGACAACACGGCGGUGGUGGGGCGACGUGCGCCCCCAGGGCGCCGCCCACGCCGGGUCCCCGCGGCCCGCCUCCUUAAAGCACGGGUCACAGCGCCAGAGCCCGGCAUCAAAGCCCGGUGACCUCGGUGGUACGCACUUUGGUAGCGGCCAGCCGCCCCCGCCGCGGCAGAGGCGGACAGCGGGGUGGCGGACGGCGGGCUGGCGGUGGCGGCCCCUGGCGGUGCUGGGGGCGGCGCUGGCGCUGGCGCUGCUGGCGGCGGACUCUGCGGCGGCCGCCAUCUGCCCGUCCAAGUGCCAGUGCGACGACGAGACUCUCGAGGCCUCCUGCACCGACGCCAACCUCGAAGUCGUGCCCAUCCAGCUGAACCCCGACGUCAAGCGCAUCAACCUGCAGGGCAACCGCAUCAGCAACGUCCACUUCACACUCGACCUCUACUCCAACCUGCGCCAUCUCGACCUGUCCCGUAACAGGAUAUCCUCGCUCGGAACGCUCAACUUCAAACUGCAGACCAAGCUGGUGACGCUGAACUUCAGCCGCAACGACAUCUCGUCGCUGAGCAAGGACACGUUCAAGGGCCUGAAGUCGGUGCAGGUGCUGGACCUGAGCUACAACCAGCUGUCGUCGCUGGAGGGCGCGGCGCUGUCCGAGCUGGGCGACCUGCGCGCGCUCAACCUGACGGGCAACCGCGUGUCGGCGGUGGGCGAGCGCGCGCUCGAGCGCCUGCCGCAGCUGCGCGAGCUGCUGCUCGACGACAACCAGCUGCUCGACGUGCCAGCCGCCGCGUUGCGCCGCCUGCCCGCGCUGCAGCGCCUCGGGCUCGCAGACAACCUCAUCGAGGCCGUCGCCGAGGGCGCGCUGCCCGCGCUAAGAGACCUGCGCGCGCUCACCCUGCGCCGCAACGUGCUCUCCUCCAUCGACCGCGCCGCCUUCGACGGCGUCCAGUCCCUCCAGAGCCUGGACGUGAGCGACAACAACUUGACGUCGGUGCCGACGUCGCAGCUAUCGAAGCUGGCGGACCUCGUCGAGCUCGACCUGAGCGGCAACACUUUCGACACCAUCGAGGCCGUUUCCUUCCAGAGUCUCUUCGAGCUGCGGCAGCUACGUCUCAGCCGGCUCCGACAACUACGCAGGGUGGACGUGCGGGCUUUCGUGGACAACAUCAAGCUGCAGUCGGUGGAGCUGGACGACAACGAGCGGCUGUCGUCGCUGCCGCCGCGGCUGUUCCACGGCAACCCGGCGCUGGAGCGCGUGUCGGCGCGCGGCAACGCCUUCACCGCGCUCGAAGCCGAGCACUUCCCGCUGGAUCGGCUGCGCGCGCUCUCGCUGGCCGGCAACCCGCUGCACUGCAACUGCUCGCUGCUCUGGCUGUGGCUGCUGGCGCGCAAGCAGCGCGACGCGCCGCCGCCGCCGCCCCAGCUGCAGGCGUCCGCCGCCAACCUGACGACGCUGUCCGCCCACGGCGCCGCCCCAGGCGCCACGGCCGGGCCCAGCCAGCAGCCGCCGCCACCCACCCCUGCGCCCGACAUCACACCUAGGCUCGACGUAGAGGGCAUCCGCUGCCACGAGCCGGAGGCGCUCCGCGGCCUUCUCAUCGUCGACGUGCCGGAGUCCGACGUGCGAUGCGACGCGUCGUGGCUGGCGGUCAUCAUCGUGACAGUAGUGGUGAUGGCGCUGUUCGCGGUGACGUGCGGCCUGCUGCUGGUGAUGGGCAACUGGAAGUGGUGCCGCAAGAAGGAGGAGCAGCUGGCCGCCACGACCGACACGCACCACCACUCGCACCUCCAGAACGGCGCCGUGCUGAUGCUGGUGUCCGGCAAGGACCGUCCGCCGGACGCGCCGUCCGCCGUCGACACCUUCCGGAUAAAGGCGAAGAAGGAGGAGGCUGCGGCCGCUGCCAUGUCCGGCGGCUUCCAGCACCGGCCGCUGCCGCCCUGCUGGGACGAGGAGCGCUCGGCGGCGGCUGCGGCCGCGCUCUACCGCGGUCACCAGUACCGGUCGCCCGCCACGCCGCCGCCGCCGCAGUACCCCGGCGCCAUCAACGGCUCCCUCAAGAAGCCCGCGCACAUCGUCUACGUCUGAGGACGCUAGCCACCGAUACGUGCGCGCCCAUUACAGCUGAGGGCCCACUGGAAAAGAGGCUAAUGCCACAAAGCCUUCUGCAAGUCCAGCAGAUGUCGACACGUCUUCCUCUGGGAAGUCCGCCUGUGUAGCCAAGAGACUGGCGUGUCUGACUGCAACUAUGAGGAUCUUGGUUCCUUCCCCGAUACAAGCAGGAAUUUUUUUAUCUCGGUGGGAAGGCUUCGACGGGAUGACUUCGGCAUCGUGAGACCAAUUGAAGGCCCACUUGAACGUCAAGCAACAGCUCCGGGGUGUGAAAUACUGGCCUUAGCUCUGGGAGACCGGUGUGCUCAGCCAUGACAACCCCCCCCCCCCCUCCCAUCCUUUCGCGUCCAAAUGGCAAAUGGUGAUACGUGGCAAAGUAUGACACGGCGACCGGUUGGCACAGCCAACUGGAGUCAAAACGCAAAAUAACGAAACAAUCACCUCGGCGGACGAAGAGAACUAGGGACAUAGUUGAAAUAUCUUUUGAAAGAUGGAAUACCAACUCGGAUGCCCAUUCGAAGUGUUGUAAACCACAAAUUUCUCCGAUAAAACCUGAAGAAUUAUACUGAUUUUAUGUAGCCCAGGGAGAAAUUUGAUUUUACUCUUGUACCGAAAUAGUCUUCCCUAUGUAGUACAUACGCAGAACGACACAUUAGUUUUUGAGCGUGCAGCCAUAACGCCCGUCUUCUCCACUAGCAUUCCAGAAGAACGUCUUUCAAACAUAAGCUUUUCCAUUCAUGACACAUGGCAGCUAUUACUUCCAGUAACUAAAAUCUGCCUCUGCCCAUUUUCUUUUAUUAUAGGCGACUGAUUUUCAAUGAUAACUCUUCCCCUUCAAGGGUCCGUUGAACAUUGUUACGUUAUAGAACAGUCGAGCAAUAUAUGCAUUAAAUUAGUUUAAAUUUGAAAAAAAACAUUAUACAAACAGGACACAAAAUGGGUCAAUAGGCUCAAAUAUUAAUGGUGCUGGUUAUUUGUUACAGAUUAUCCACCUCCUAAAGCAAUUCAAUACAUGAUGUAAUAACUAGUUGCAAUAAAAUACUUUUAGCUGCCAAAAGAAGCUAAAAACUGUAGCUGCAACCUUUAGUUAUUUCUCUGUUGACCAACUAGGAUCACGUACGUUCUAUAUUGGUCCCUAUUUUUGCAGUACCGCACUUUCUCCCUAUAUUGUGUUUUCCUUUCUUCCGCCCAUGUUAUUCCACAUUUAUUUUUUUGUACCUUGAAAGACUUCUAGAUCUAGCACUUUACUCUUAAAAAGAAACUUUAUGUCCCACAUGUCUCGACAUGGUCGAGAAUGGAACAGUAAUUCGAAAAUUGACAAUAAAUUUAUUUCACGUCUGUGAUCUUCAUGGCCUGUUUUAUUGUUUUAAGCUGUAGACUUUCACUAUUUUUGCUGCAUAUCUCAAGGUGUCACUGCUGGCUGACAACCUACAAUAUGUGUGCUCAUAGACGUAAAAUACAGAUUUUUGUUCUAAACUUUUGCUCACUUUCGGUUCAUUGAUGUUGUUUGUUUCUAGUUCUACUCUUAUUUCUGUAAUCCAUGCUAAAGUUUGGCUCCUUUUCCACAAAUUAAGAAAUAUUUGUUUCUUUAGAAUGUUCUCAUUCAUUCGACAGAGGUGUCCGAAGAAAAUUAACCAUAUGUUAGAUAAUAUUAAACUAUACCAUGUGAAGAUGAAAUCUCACUUGCAGACAAGCAUAGCUUGAAACUACAGUUUUCAUAUAAAGCAUCGUUCAUAUAAAAGAACUGUUCAAACAAGCCAGUCUUCUACCAAAUUUUCUACAUUGCAAUGUUGUGAAAUAAAGGUUUCAUUGAAAUAAUCUGUAGCAUUCAAGUUUACAGAGCACUCUCUCCAUUCCGACUAUGUUAGCCAAUUAAAAAAAUAAUAAAUAAUAAAA